AUGAAGCGUGGCGCGGAUCGGAGGCCAUCAGCCCCCGUCCGAACGCGAACGUCAGAUGGAGGCCGGCUCGGAAGCCAGGAAACCGCCGGCCCAUCGGGACUGCGCAUCAACCGGAAGGCCCACCCGGAACACAACACCAAACAAAUCUGGCGCGAACUAAACAUGCCGACGGAUUGCGAUUUUCUCGGGCCAAACGUGUUCAGCCUGCCGGAAAAGUUGUUGCGACAUAGCACGAAAAUGCGCCCGUCACCGUUGGCACGGCCGCGUCCGGACAGAAAUGCCGACAAGAAGAAAAUCCGUUCCUAUACAGCCCUGCGAAAAGACCGCGAGGACUUCCGUCGCCGACUGGUGCGGCUGAUCGUGCGCAAAGAGCACGAAAAGGACGACCGGGAAAACACGUUCCCGAACGUGGAGGAAAGGGAGCUGUUACGGUACUACCACUACAUCCGACACGGCAUCGACACCGUGCACGUUUCGCCCAUCGACAAACGGGUCCUGCAGCGUAUCCUGCGGCUGAUACCGAAGAACUUGAGCCGAUGGAAGCAGGCACUGCGGGACAUCAUUGGAGAGAUCAAGGAGGACUACUCGUUCGCCGUGCGGAAAGCGGUUGUGGACUUUGUGCUUGGCGACGCGAUGACCAAGUACGCGCAAAAGGAGGAAAUCACACCAGGGCGACUGGAGAUCAAAGACUUAAGACUGAAGUGGAAGCACCGGUACGAUGAAAAUCAGGCCAAAAUAAAGCGCAACCUGUUCUCGAUCAACUCCUGCUCGGAGCAGAUGUUGGAGCUGUGGGAUGUGACUUUCAAAAAGAUAUUGCUGGUCAACGUGAAGGAUCUCGAGGCGAAAGGAGAGGCGUACGAUUUGACAGAGUUUACGUCUACAGUAAACCAACAAAUUGAAGAAACGAGACUCACCCUUUCCGAUAAAUGGUACGGUUCGAUCAAAACCAUUUUCCAAAAGGGCACCAAGAAGAAACUCAUCCCGGACGAUUCGAAACCGAAGAUGUUGAAAAAAUGUUUCAACUCGCUGGCAACUCUCAUGACGAGACAGCUGCAAAAUCUGUGUAUUAGCAGCAUAGAAGCGUACACCAAUUACAUUUGCGAUGUUGGACGCACCAACCAAGGUUUUCGACUGACGAUUUUGCUUGAAAAUCAGAACACACUUUCCUUUAUCCCCAGUUUUCCGAGAUUUCAAAUUGAAAUUCUAAAAAUCAUCGAUAAUAUAAUAAAGUCCGUGAAAAGUUUUCCCCGAAUCGAGCGCCAGAUCUAUCCGGACUUUCCGUGCCCGCACGACGUGCUAAAGCCUGAAAUUCCUCCGGAAGUGAUCGAUGAAUGCAAGGAACGGAUUCAUGACGUUCUUGAAGAGCAGCGCAUCGGGCCGGAAUUGCGUAUGCAGGACUUUGACAACUAUAUGACCCUGAUGAACGGUUCCGACAUCGACGAGAUCGAGCGGUUCAUGGAGAAGCGACCAAGCUUCGAGGAAUACUGCACCUACAUCCAACGAUACAAGCAAAUGGAGAACAACGUGGCGCGCGAGAUAUAUGGUGUGGUAUCGAUGGGUUUCUAUGAAUUUCAUCGUGAGGGUCUGAUCGACACGCUCGAAGGGUUGGCGAAAUUUAUGCAGCAGGAGUUGAUUGCCAAGAUGACGGCGGACCAGCAGAGCGGGGCACACCAGUUAGCUAUCGAGUACGAGGCCAUAUCGACGAAAAUCACCACCAUCCCGAAGGAUACUGUGGAGCUUAUGUCGCUGAAGGCUUACGCGAUCAAGAUGGAAGAAACGACUAUACCCGAGAUGGAAGAACGGCUCAAGAAGAAUCUGCACCAUUUGCUUUAUCUCACGGACUACACGAUUUACACACCGCUAGAAAUCAAGCAGAACAACAACACGUUCCAGUGGUACAUGAAAAUGCCCAUCAUCUUCCAGGACCACAAGAACAUCAUUGCCGAGAAGGUGAUCGAGUAUCAGGACGCACUAAAGCGUCGCAUCGAGAGUUUCCGGCGCGACCUGGAGCUCUUCUGGCAGCAGGUCAAGGAGUACGACUCGUGGGGAGAUAUCAAGAAUCUACAGAAGUACAAGAAAAAGGCCACGGCGUUGGACAACAAGCUGGUAGCGGCGAUGGAUAAGAUCGAUCAUAUCAAUGAGGAAGAAACGGCAUACGGCUGGGAGCUGUCGCAGUACCCUAUCCGCAAGCAGUGCCACGACAAACUUUCACCGUACAAACAACUGUACGAUGCUGGUCAGGAGUUUAUGGACAAGCACGAUCUGUGGAUGCACUCGCAGGUCGGUUCACACGACCCGGAGCAAAUCGAUGAUACAGUUGGGACGCUCUACCGGACGGUUUACAAGUUGGAGAAACAUUUUUCCGAUUCGUAUCAAACGCAACGCUUAGCGCAUGAUAUAAAAAACCGUAUCGACCAGUUCAAGACCCAUAUGCCGAUUGUGCAAACACUUGGAAACCCGGGAAUGAAGGAGCGCCACUGGGAGCAGGUAUCGGAGAUCAUCGGGUUUCCCAUUCGGAUCUCUGCCGAGCUUACGUUGGAGCGUGUCAUCGACUAUGGACUUGACGACUAUAUACAGCGCUUCGAAACCAUCUCCGAAAGUGCCACGAAGGAGAACAACCUCGAGAAGGCAAUGAUCAAGAUGGUGAACGAAUGGAGCGACAUGGCGUUCGUGGUGCUACCGUACCGUGAUACGGGUACGUACAUCCUUUCGGCGAUCGACGACAUCCAGGUGCUGUUGGACGACCACAUCAUAAAGACGCAAACGAUGAAGAGCUCGUUGUACAUCAAGCCGUUCGAGAAGGACAUCAUUGCGUGGGAAAAGAAGCUGAUGUUGCUGCAGGAUAUACUCGAUGAUUGGCUGAAGGUGCAGGCGACCUGGAUGUACCUGGAGCCGAUCUUUUCGAGCCCGGACAUACAAUCGCAGAUGCCGGAAGAGGGUCGCCGGUUCAGUGCGGUCGACAAGAUCUGGAAGGAUCUGAUGAAAUCGGUCCAGGCCGACACGAAGGUCCUGGUGGUGUUGGAAAUAGACAAAAUGUCGGAGAAACUGAAGAAAUCCUACGGCCUGCUAGAGAUCAUCCAGAAGGGUCUGAACGAGUAUCUGGAGAAGAAGCGGCUGUACUUCCCGCGCUUCUUCUUCCUCUCGAACGACGAGUUGCUUGAGAUUCUUUCGGAGACGAAGGAUCCGACGCGCGUACAGCCGCACUUGAAGAAGUGCUUCGAGGGUAUUGCCUCGUUGCACUUUACCGACGCGCUCGACAUUACCGUGAUGCGCUCGAGCGAGGGCGAGGAGGUCGAGCUGAUCGAGGAGGUUUCGACGGGGAAGGCGAAGGGCCAGGUGGAGAAGUGGCUGCUGGACCUGGAGCGCUCGAUGAAACGGAGCAUCCACCUGAAGGUGGGCAGCUCGUACGAGGCGUACUCCGAAACGGAGCGCCACAAGUGGGUACUGCUGUGGCCGGGCCAAUGCAUCCAGUGCAUCUCGUGCGCCUUCUGGACGCUCGAGACAACCAUGUGCUUCGAUAGCGAAAACCCGGUGGACGCGCUGGAGGAGUAUCUGGAAACGUGCAAGGUACAGAUCUCGUUCAUCGUGGACCUGGUUCGGGGCCAGCUAGCGAUGCAGAAUCGGCUCACACUCGGCGCACUGGUUGUGCUCGACGUGCACGCCCGCGAUGUACUUAUCGAGCUGAUCGAGAAGAAAACCACCCGGGUGGACGAUUUUAACUGGUUGGCUCAGCUACGGUACUACUUCGAGGACCAGAACCUGGCCACCAGAAUGAUCAACUCGACGCUUAUGUAUGGCUACGAGUAUUUGGGCAACACGUCCCGGUUGGUGAUAACGCCGCUCACCGAUCGGUGCUUCCGUACGCUGUUCGGAGCGCUACAUCUGCAUCUUGGAGGUGCCCCGGAGGGUCCAGCCGGAACGGGAAAGACGGAAACGACCAAAGACUUAGCCAAAGCGGUCGCCAAGCAGUGUGUCGUGUUCAACUGCUCCGACGGGCUGGACUAUAUUGCGCUGGGGAAGUUUUUCAAAGGGCUCGCCUCGUGCGGAGCUUGGUCGUGCUUCGAUGAGUUCAAUCGCAUCGAUCUGGAGGUGUUGUCGGUGGUGGCCCAGCAGAUCCUCACCAUUCAGCGGGGCAUCAACUCGGGUUUGCCAACGCUGGUGUUCGAGGGCACGACGCUCACGCUCGAUCCAAGCUGUGCGGUGUUCAUCACGAUGAACCCGGGCUACGCCGGUCGCUCGGAGCUGCCCGACAACUUGAAGGCCCUGUUCCGCUCGGUGGCCAUGAUGGUGCCCGACUACGUGCUCAUCUCGGAGAUCGAGCUGUACGCGUACGGAUUUCUUAGUGCGCGCCCGCUCGCCGUGAAGAUCGUCGCCACGUAUCGCCUAUGCUCGGAACAGCUGAGCUCGCAGCCCCACUACGACUACGGUAUGCGCGCGGUCAAGUCGGUACUGAAGGCGGCCGGGGCACUGAAGCUACGCUAUCCGGACGAAUCGGAAGACAUACUGGUGCUGCGGUCGAUCAAGGACGUGAACCUGGCGAAGUUUCUCAGCCAGGAUGUGCCGCUCUUCCAGGGCAUCAUUUCCGAUCUGUUCCCGGGCGUGGUGCUGCCGAAGCCGGACUAUGCCGUGUUCGACGCGGCCGUGCAGAAGGCUUGCGAGAAGAACAACAAACAGUUCACACCGUUCUUCCUGGAGAAGGUGCAGCAGCUGUACGAGAUGAUCGUAGUGCGACACGGGCUGAUGAUCGUGGGUCCGCCGCUCGGGGGCAAAACGACCGCCUAUCGCAUCCUGGCCGAGGCGCUCGGCACGAUAGAGGAACUGGGUGAGAUGGGCGAACACCGGGCCCAGUACACUGUGAUGAACCCGAAGGCCAUCACGAUGGGUCAGCUCUAUGGGCAGUUUGAUCCGGUGUCGCACGAAUGGAGCGACGGCAUUCUGGCCGUCAGCUACCGACAGUACGCGCAGAGCACGAGCACCGACCGGAAGUGGCUGAUUUUUGACGGUCCGGUUGAUGCCAUCUGGAUCGAGAACAUGAACACGGUGCUGGACGACAACAAGAAGCUGUGCCUGAUGUCGGGCGAAAUCAUACAGCUGUCGUCGACGACGAACUUGAUUUUCGAGGUGAUGGACCUGGACGCGGCCUCCCCGGCGACGGUGUCCCGCUGUGGUAUGAUCUAUAUGGAACCGUCGUCGCUCGGCUGGGAGCCGCUGCUGGAGUCGUGGAAAAAUACGCUCCCGCCGUCGCUGCACUCGAUGAACAAGCAGGUGGUCACGCAGAUGUUCCACCGCUUCUGCCCACUGUUGCUGUGGUUCGUGCGGCGUGGCGGCGGACUGCGCGAGAUGCUGCCGACCAGCGACGCGAACCUGGUGCUGUCGGUGAUGCAUCUGUUCGACUGCUUCAUGGACGACUACCGGAACGAGGCGUACAUGAAGGCGGUGUCGGAGGUGGACGUGCGGGCGCAACUCGAGGGGGUGUUCUUCUUUUCCUGCAUUUGGGCUAUUGGCGGCCCGCUCGAGACGGACAGUCGGGCCCGCUUUAGCGAGCUCUUCCGCGCACUGACCGAGAAGGUGUUCCCGCCGGAGCUGAACGAUAAGCUCGGCAUACCGGCGCAUCUGCAGGUGCCGCCACUCCCGAAGCCAUUCAUCUUCCAGAUCCCGAAGGGCGGGACCGUGUUCGACUACCGCUUCACCAAGGAGGGCAAGGGCAAGUGGCGCCCGUGGGCCGAGGAAAUCGGCCAGAGCACCAGCAUCCAGCGGGACGUGCCGGUGAAUCAGGUGAUCGUGCCGACGGUCGAGACGAUACGCAUCGGUGCGCUCCUGGAGCUGCUGGUGCAGCACGGCAAGUGUCUGCUGCUCGUCGGUCCCACGGGCACCGGCAAGAGCGUCUACACGAUCGACUUUCUGCUGAAGCGCAACGACACCAACGUCUUCAAGCCGCUGCUGAUCAGCUUCUCGGCGCAGACGUCCGCCAACCAGGUGCAGGACAUCAUCAUGUCGAAGCUGGACAAGCGUCGGAAGGGCGUCUAUGGGCCACCACUCGGUAAGAAGUGUGUCGUUUUCAUCGACGAUGUGUCGAUGCCGCUGCGGGAGGCGUACGGUGCCCAGCCACCGAUCGAGAUCGUGCGCAUGUGGCUGGACCAUUGCCUGUGGUACGACCGGAAGGACGUGACGGCGAUGAAACUGGUCGACCUGCAGCUGAUGUGUGCGAUGGGUCCACCGAGCACGGGCAACACGGUGUCGCCCCGCUUCUCGCAGCACUUCAACGCGAUCGCCAUGGACGAGUUUGACGACGCGACGCUGACGGGGAUCUUCAGCAAGAUCGUACUGUGGCAUCUGGAUACGCGCGGGUUCUCCAAGGAGUUCGAUCCGUGCAUCGACGAGAUUGUGCUGUCGACGCUGCAAAUCUAUCGCCAGGCGCGUGCCAUCCUGUUGCCUACACCGGCCAAAUGCCACUACCUGUUCAACUUGCGAGAUUUUUCGCGCGUCAUUCAAGGAGUGCUGCUCUCGGUACCGGAAGGCACCGAGACGCUCAACUCCAUGCGACGCCUGUGGGCGCAUGAGAUCCUGCGCGUGUACGGUGACCGGCUGGUGGACGAUGCCGAUCGCGAAUGGCUGUUCCAGGAGCUGUGCACCGUUAUUCGCGAGUAUAUGAAGGAGGACCCCAAGGAUCUUUUCGAUCGCUUCGUCGAAGGCAACGAACUGACGGAAACCUCCCUGCGUGCCCUAAUGUUCUGUGACUUUACGAACCCAAAGGCGGAUACCAAACUCUACCUGGAGGUGAUGGACAUCGAGGAGCUGAGCUUCGUGGUUGAGUCCUACCUAGUGGAGUACAACAACAUGUCCAAGAAACCGAUGUCACUGGUGCUGUUCCGAUUUGCGAUCGAACAUCUUUCGCGCAUCUGCCGCAUCAUCAAGCAGCCCCGAAGCCACGCGUUGUUGGUCGGCGUUGGAGGUUCCGGAAGGCAGUCACUCGCUCGAAUCGCUUCGCAUAUCUGCUCCUACGAGUUAUAUCAGGUCGAAAUUUCACGCCAGUACAGUAUGACGGAGUGGCGUGAAGAUAUGAAGAAUCUUCUCAAGAAGGUGUGCGGUGCCGAUCAGCACAUUUGCUUCCUAUUUACCGACACGCAGAUCAAAGAGGAAGGAUUUCUGGAGGACAUUAAUAAUCUGCUAAACUCGGGCGAGAUACCGAACCUCUUCUCUAACGAGGAAAAGUCGGAAAUCAUUGAGAAAAUGCGUCAGAUGGAUCGCCAGAAGGAGAAAAGCCAACAAACCGAUGGCAGUCUGGUGGCGUUGUUCAAUCUGUUCGUUACGAUUAUUCGGGAUCAACUGCACAUCGUACUGUCGAUGUCACCGAUCGGAGAUGCCUUCCGCAACCGGGUCCGCAAGUUUCCCUCGGUGGUUAACUGCUGUACGAUCGACUGGUUCCAACCAUGGCCCAAGGAUGCGCUAACGGCCGUGGCAACGAAAUUCUUGUCGACCGUGGAGAUGACGGACAUGGAGCGAAAGUGUUGCAUCGACAUGUGCAUGGAGUUCCACACCAGCACCCAGCAGCUGUCGGAUGAGUUUCUUAUUCGGCUCAACCGGUACAACUACGUGACACCGACGUCCUACUUGGAAAUGAUUCACACCUUUAAAACGCUCCUUGAUAAGAAGAGGACCGAAGUGUUGACGGGAAAGAACCGUUAUUUGACCGGCCUGAAGCAGCUUGAAAUUGCGGCCCAACAGAUCGGCGUAAUGCAGGAGCAGCUGGAAGCGGUGCAGCCGCAGAUGAAAAUCGCCGCCGAAACCGUCGCCCAGCAGAUGGCGAAGGUACAGGCGGACAGCGAGGUGGCCGCUGAACAGAAGGCGAUGGUCGAGAAGGAUGAGGCGGCGGCCCAGGAGCAGGCGGCUGCCGCCAACGCCAUCAAGGAGGUUUGCGAUGCCAAACUGGCAGACGCGAUGCCCAUCCUCGAUGCGGCCAUGGAGGCACUGAACACGCUGACACCGGCCGACAUCACGAUCGUGAAGACGAUGAAGAGUCCUCCGGUCGGUGUGAAGGUGGUCAUGGAGGCGGUAUGCAUACUGAAGGAUCUCAAACCGGACCGGGUACAGAAUCCGUCCGGGAUGGGCAUGGCCGAGGACUACUGGGGACCAUCGAAGCGCUUGCUGGGCGACAUGAAGUUCAUGGAUGGGUUGUUGAACUUCGAGAAGGACGACAUUCCGCCGAAGGUGAUUCAGAAGCUCGAGGAGCGCGUGUUUACCAACGAAAACUUCGACCCGGAGAAGGUGAAAGCGGCAUCGACGGCGGCGGAAGGGCUCUGCAAGUGGGUUAUAGCGAUCGCAAAGUACGACAAGGUGGCGAAGGAGAUUGCCCCGAAGAAGGCGGCCCUGGCGGAAGCACAAGCCAGUUAUAAUUCGGCUAUGACCAUAUUGAAUGCAAAGCUGGAGCAGCUUCGCAUCGUUGAGGAGAACCUGGCCGACUUGCAGCGUAAGCUGGACGAACAGAUUGCACAACACGCCAAGCUGCAGGCCAACGUGGAGCUUUGCAUGAAGAAGCUGGAGCGGGCAACCGAAAUCAUCACUGGACUGGGUGGAGAAAAGGACCGCUGGCAGACGGCUGCCGAUACGUUGGCCCAGGUCUACGAUACCCUUACCGGGGACGUGCUGAUUGCAUCGGGUAUCGUGGCCUAUCUCGGACCGUUCACGAUGCAGUUCCGGGCGCAACAGAUCGGUCAGUGGAUAGAACGGUGCACCGAUCGUGGUAUCAUCUGCUCGCAGGACUUCCAGCUGGUGAACGUGCUCGGCAAUCCGGUGGACAUUCGCGCCUGGAACAUUUUCGGGUUACCGAGCGAUGCGUUCUCGAUCGAGAGUGCUAUCAUCAUUCACAACGCACGCCGCUGGCCACUGAUGAUCGAUCCCCAGGGACAGGCGAACAAAUGGGUGCGAAACAUGGAGAAGGCGAACCGCAUUUGCAUCAUACGGUUAACUCAACCGGACUACACGCGAGUGCUUGAGAACGCGAUACAGUUCGGUCUGCCGGUGCUGCUGGAGAACGUGGGCGAAGAGAUUGAACCGAUGCUGGAGCCAAUUUUGCUGAAGCAAAUCUUCCGCCAGGGCGGCACCAUGUGCAUCAAGCUGGGUGACUCGAUAAUCGAGUAUAAUGACUCAUUCAAGUUCUAUAUAACAACCAAGCUGCGCAGCCCACACUAUCUUCCGGAGAUUGCGGUAAAGGUGACGCUGCUCAAUUUUAUGAUCACCCAGACGGGGCUGCAGGAUCAGCUGCUCUCGAUAACGGUGGCCCGCGAGCGGCCCGAUCUCGAGACGGAGAAGAACUCGCUGAUCGUGCAGGGGGCGGAGAACAAGCGGCAGCUGCAGGAGAUCGAAGACAAGAUCCUGCAGGUGCUGUCCUCCGAGGGGAACAUCCUCGAGGACGAGACGGCGGUGUCGGUCCUAAGCUCGUCGAAAACGCUGGCGAACGAAAUCAACGAGAAGCAACUGAUCGCCGAGGUGACUGAGCGUCAGAUCGAUGUGGCCCGGCUGCAGUACACACCGAUCGCGGCCCACUCGACCGUGCUGUUCUUCACCAUUGCCGACCUGGCGUGCAUCGAUCCGAUGUAUCAGUACAGCCUCAGCUGGUUCGUCAACCUCUUCACCGCGGCUAUCGACAAUACCGAGAAGGUGGACGAGGUGCCGGCCCGGUUGGAGGACCUUAGGACCUACUUCACCUACAGUCUGUACGAAAACAUCUGCCGCAGUCUGUUCGAGAAGGACAAGAAUCUGUUCUCGCUACUUCUGGCCACCAACCUGCAGCAGGACGCAGGCAAGCUGAGCAUCACCGAGCUGAUGUUCCUGCUGACCGGCGGCGUUGGGCUGGACAAUCCCGAGCCGAAUCCGGCCGGUGAGUGGCUGCCGGGUCGGAACUGGGACGAGAUCUGUCGCUUAUCGGCAUCGUUCGAGGACAUAUUCGGAGGAUUGAAGCAGCACGUGCAGGACAAUUUGGAGGAUUGGAAGCGAUUAUUCGACGACUACACGCCCCAAGAGGCGGACGUUCCAGAGCCAUGGAACACGCAGCUGACGGCUUUCCAGCGGCUCCUGCUUCUGCGUUGCUUCCGGGCGGAUAAAUUGGUUCCUGCCAUUGAGCUGUACGUUGCAAAAACGAUGGAGCCCAAGUAUGUCGAACCACCGCCAUUCAAUCUGGCCGCUUCCUACGACGAGUCAAACUGCUGCGUCCCGCUGAUCUUCGUACUCACUCCCGGCACCGAUCCGACGGCAACGUUGCUAAAGUUUGCCGAUGCCCAAGGGCUCGGUGCUAGUCGGCUCUUUUCGCUCUCCCUCGGCCAAGGCCAGGGACCGAUCGCGACGAAAAUGAUCGACGAGGGCACCAAGUUUGGCAACUGGGUACUGCUGCAGAACUGCCACCUGGCGCAGAGUUGGAUGCCGACGCUGGAGAAGAUCUGCGAGAGCUUUCAACCGGACACGACCCAUCCGGACUUCCGGCUCUGGCUAACAUCCUACCCGACGGAACAUUUCCCGGUGGUUGUGCUCCAGAAUGGCAUCAAAAUAACGAACGAACCACCGAAGGGGCUGCGUAUGAACGUGACGCGUUCGUUCACCAGCGAUCCCAUCGCAAAUGUCGAGUGGUUCGAGGCGUGCCGACAGCCGGCCCCGUUCAAGAAGUUGCUCUACAGCCUGUGCUUCUUCCACGGAAUCGUUCAGGAGCGGCGUCAGUUCGGCCCUAUCGGUUGGAACAUCCCGUACGAGUUCAACGAGACGGAUCUGAGCAUUAGCAUGACCCAGCUGCGCAUGUUUCUGGACGAGUACGACGAGGUGCCGUACGUGGCCCUGCAGUAUCUAACCGGAGAGUGCAAUUACGGGGGCCGCGUGACGGACGAUUGGGAUCGCCGCUGUCUGACCACAAUCCUCGCCCGGUUCUACAGCGCGGAGGUGCUGGAGAACGAAUGCUACAUCUUCGACGAGGUGGGCCAGUACCCGGUGCCGGACCUGAAGGAGCACGAAGAGUUUGUUACUUUCAUCCGCGAUCUGCCAGUAAUUGCCAGACCGGGUGUAUUUGGGUUACACGAAAAUGCCGAUAUUGUCAAGGAUCAGAAGGAAACCGAUACGUUAUUGGCCAGCGCUCUGAAAACACAGGAUCGUACGGAUUUACUGCAAAUGAAGAUUCUUGAGGAUCUGAAGAACACAUCCACCGGUGUUUUCAAGGAAACACCUGCCGAACUGGUAAUUCGGGUGUCGAGCGACAUUUUGAAGCGUUUGCCAGCGGAAUUUGAUCGCGAUGCGGCAUUAGAAAAAUAUCCCACCAAUUAUCACCAGAGCAUGAACACGGUGCUCGUACAAGAAAUGGUACGCUUCAAUGCACUCCUGAGUUGCAUCCGGACCAGUCUGCAAACGGCCCGGAAGGCCAUGCAGGGACUGGUCGCGAUGUCCCCGACGGUAGAGGAAGUGGUCGGUGCCAUUCUGAUCGGCAAGAUACCGACCGUGUGGGCGAAGCGAUCCUAUCCCAGCCUAAAGCCACUCGGUUCGUACAUUAUCGAUUUCAUCGCGCGCCUCGAGUUCCUCCAGAAGUGGUACGACGAGGGGCCUCCGGCGGCCUUUUGGUUGUCCGGGUUUUUCUUUACGCAAGCGUUUCUAACCGGCGCGCAGCAAAACUUUGCCCGUAAGUACGUCAUCCCGAUCGAUUUGCUGGUGUUUGACAACGAGGUGCUGAAGGAAACGGACGUCACUGCCCCGCCGGAGGAUGGGGUGUACGUGUACGGGCUGUUCCUUGAGGGAACCCGAUGGGAUCGGGAGAAGGGCUACCUGCAAGAACCGAUUCCGCGUGUCCUGUUCGAUACUAUGCCUCAUAUUCUUUUGAAGCCAAUCAAGAAGGAAGACUUCACUCCGAAGCAUACGUAUCGGUGCCCGGUGUACAAGACGGCCGAACGACGUGGUACACUGUCCACCACCGGACAUAGCACCAACUUCGUCGUGGCUCUUCUGCUAGACUGUGAGCCGACGACGAAAACGGAUCAUUGGGUAAUGCGUGGUGCGGCCUUGCUAUGCCAGCUUAGUCAUUAG